GUUCCCGCUUUUCGAAUGGACGAAACGUUAACGACAGAAAAAUUUGUCGUUCACUAACCUCCCCCACCUAGAGCAGGUAAAUCGUAAAUGGUCUUAAGUCACUUGUAAAAUAUGUCUUUACAAAACAGUUGACAACGAUUAAUUCUGCAAAAAUGUCGCAAAGCCGACCCGUCCGAUUCAAGUCAUUGUGGAAAAAAGAAUCCAACGACAAAAACGCAUUGUAUGUCGAUAUCACCACAGAUCCAGACCGUUUUCCAUUAGAAACAUUUUACCGAAAAAACCAGGAGACUAGAUCUGCCGAGAAAGACGAUAAUCUGUCGUUGCAGUAUCGAAAAAAUGGAAAUUACGAUUUCGCUUGCAAUAAUUGGCAUUCGGCUAUCAAAUGGUACAAUAAGAGCUUGUGUUUUGCUGAAAACGGUUCGCCAAACAUUGGCCUAGCGAUUGGUAAUCGGUCGCACUGUUUUCGCAAAUUGAAUAUGUUCCAGAAAUGUCUCGUCGAUAUUGAUUUGGCAUUGAAGUGCAACUAUCCUGAAGAAUCGAUGCAUAUAUUGGAGGCACGUCGAGAGGAAUGUCUAAAAUACAUAAACGAUGGGCAAGAAUUUGUACCACACGUCCCUGUUUUGUCGUUUGAACCGAAGGACCGGUUUCCAAGCAUGGCAAAUAUCCUGAAUAUCGAGAAAAAUCGGAAAUUCGGUCGACACAUUAAAGCGAACGCGGAUAUUGCCGUUGGCGAAACUGUUCUGGUUGAAGAGGCUUACGCACAUAAAGUUAUCAUUGACCAGUACGUGCGAUGUAAUGUUUGCCGCCGUUUGGAUACAAAUUUAGUUGCGUGUAAAGACUGUACGGACGACCUGUUUUGCUACCAAGAAUGCGAAGGGAACCGUUUCCAUAAAAUCGAAUGUAACAUGAAAACAAUGGGUACAGUCGAACAAAUCAGCAUGUUCCACCUGCAAAUCAUAAGGACAGUUUUGGUGGCAUUGGCCACAUUUCCAAAUAUCGAGCAAUUUGUGGCCUUCGUUGAGGAGACUAUUGCCGAUGAUACCUUGGACAUUCCCGAAUCAGAACCGGUCGACGAUCGGUCCAAAUAUCGAAUGUUUUUGAAACUGUGGACCAAUUCAACUAUCGAAAACGAUAUGUUCAACUGGCGAGUCUUUUUUCUCCACAAGACUUUGAUGAGGCAUUCGGAAUUCAAAAAAGCAUUCGCCCCAUUAAAAUAUCAACGAUUUCUGAUGCAUCUAAUUGGCCACCACAGUGCGGUUAUUCAUUACAACGCCCGAUCGUCGAUCCAAGCAUUGACAACUUCAUAUACGACGGAACUUCUGCCACUGAUCGCUGCAUACUUUAACCAUUCCUGUGCACCGAAUGUAUGUACCGUGAUCUGUGACAAUGUCGUCUCUGCAAUUGCCAUUCGUCCGAUUAAGAAAGGUGAACAAUUGUUCAUAUCGUACUUUGGCCGAAGUCUUCACCGAAGCACUGCAGCUCGUCGACAACAUUUCGAUGCUUAUUUUGAUUUUGUGUGCGAAUGCGAAAGAUGCCGAUCAUUAGAGCCAUUUGUGAGCAGCUAUGAUCUGGGACUGAUCAAAUGGGUUCUGUCUAACUACCACAAGUGUAAGUUUGACUUCAACGACGAGAAAGCAAUUGCAUUGUUUCGAGACAAAUGUGCUGAAUAUGCAAGGAAACAUGGUCGUAAGCUGUGGACAGAUGAAGUUACCCAUGUGAUGGACUGUUUUGUUCAUAUGAUCGAGCACCAGUUCAAAUAUAGACUGACUUUGUAAGGUGUUUCCCUUUGGUGUUUCACGUUUAGUUUUGUAUCUUAAUGUACAGUUCGUUGCUUCAAUAUGUGAGAAAUAAAUGGUUCCUUCAUUCGAAGAGAAAAA